UGCAUUUUUCAGGGGAAAAACAGCAGGCCCUUCUGAUUGUUUAAACGCCUUUAGGUUAUUUUGAGGAGAGCAAACAAGCUAUUUUCUAUUACUGAUUGCAAAAACAGGUCAGUUCUUGGGAAGCCUGUCAUAACCAUAAUAGUGAGGUGUAUCGGUACGACUUCAGAGACUAGAAAUGUCUCGAUAAAAUGACCAGGUCAGGUGACUUGAGGUAACCUGCUUCCCUCCAAAUUUCCUUCUUUUCUUUCAACUGUAAAAUUCCUUAGAAGACACAUCAGAGGAGCCAUGUGCAAAGUCUGAUCACAUUAUCUCGGGUCAGUUGGAGACAGAAAAGGAGGAAGAGGCAGUUUCUGCUCCGGUCUCCAUUUUUUUUUUUUUUUUUUUUUUUGGAAGAAGUGCCCCUGUCUGCUGUUCAGUUUAAAGACGGAGGCCUUUUUGAAGAUUUCCUAAUGUCGGGGCUCUGCUUUCUCUGGGAUUCUGAUGUAGGAACUGGACUUACAGGAUUUAGUGGAAACUCAAAAGUAUUUUUAACUCUAAAGUUGAAAACAGGCCAGUGUCUGCUUCACAUCUUCUUUCAUCAUCAUCGCAUCACUUUGAGUGUCUGUCUGCCGUAGCCUGCAGCUUUGUCAGAGGCUGGUUACAGUUACAAGAUAUUCUGUUUGGUCAGUGUUUUUGAGUGCUAUGAAUCCCUGUAAUCAUGGGAGAGGCCCUCUCUGUACAAUGAACGUUUGUUGUCAGAGAUGUUCACGCACAGGCUCACACACUCGCUCGCACGCACGCACGCACACACACAUCGCAGCACCCCAUGGGUAAUCGAGCUGAUCAUGUUCUGAACCCUCCUCUCCCUUCUUUUGCCACAGUUCUCACGAAUGCGCGAGCGGCGGCACACACCGGUGCGCCGAUUCGCUCGUGUACAUGCACGCCUGCACACCUUUGUUUUUUUUUUGUUUUUUUUUUCCACACACAUUGGAUCUAAUAUCAUGACUGAGAAAGGGGGGGUGGGGGUCAAGCUGAGGUCAGAGUCUAAAGGGAUCCUUGAUUGCAUGUACAGUGAGCCAUUGAGGGGGCUGAGUUAAGCCGGGCACACACACCCAUGUUUUACUCUCCGUUAUUGCUAAUACGCACCCUCUGUGUGGAUGACGUUGCCCCAACAGUUGGCGUGGUCACUCUGGAACUCCGUAAUUUUAUUAGUGUGAUUCAGCACUUAAAAUUCAGUCAUUAGAGCUGUAUGACGAGGCUUGUUAAACAUGACUUAGAACUAUAAAGUGGUGAGUAGUCUUCCGUUUUUAUUUAAAUAACCUGGCGUAAUUGCGAUGCUGUCUAACUUAUUCAUUGAAUCAGAAUUUAGGAGUCAGGAAGGUGCAGAAUAAGACAAAAUGAAAGCUACUUUGUGUGACGAAUGGUAAAUAAAUGAUAAAUAAGGUCUGAGGUGAGCUUAAAGCAUUACUGAUCUGCUGUCUGUCUGUGUGUUGUGGCACAUACCUCCUCACAUUCCAGUUACAGUAAAUAGCUAGCUUACCCACGAGUCAAAAUGAUAAGCCUUAAAGAGACACCAGGUCUCUUGUUUUUUUUUUUUUUUUUUUUCCACACAAACUGAAACACAUUCUGGAGUAACUGCCACACCAAGCACAAGUGUUUCCAGCGGCACUUGGCUUUACAGUUUCCCCUCCUUGACUGUAUCUUUCAGGAACAGGGUCACUCCAAUGUUCUCCUGCAGCCUCCCAGCACCACCUAACAUUUCCUGGAAAAACGUGUCCAUUGCCUGCUCCCAACAAACAUGGACUGUUUUCCCAUGCUCUAUUUUCUGUCGAGACAUCAUGAUUCCUGGUAAUCGAAUGCUGAUGGUCAUUUUAAUAUCCCAAGUCCUGCUGGGAGAGAGCAACCAUGCUAGUCUGAUACCCGAAGAAGGGAAAAAGAAGGUACCUGGCCUGCAGGGUCGCUCGACCGCUCAGAGCCAUGAACUUUUACGGGACUUCGAGGCCACGCUGUUGCACAUGUUUGGCCUCAAAAAGCGCCCGCGUCCAAGCAAGUCCGCCGCCGUGCCCCGCUACCUGCUGGAUCUCUAUCGACUGCAGUCCGGGGAGGCUGAGGACGUAGAGGCACACGACAUUCCUUUUGAGUAUCCCGAGAAGACAGCCAGCCGGGCCAACACCGUCAGGGGCUUCCACCAUGAAGAGCACAUGGAGAGGAUACAUGAAGAUGAUGGAGAAUCCAUUCCUCUUCGCUUCCUGUUCAACCUGAGCAGCAUUCCAGAGGACGAGCUGCUGUCUUCCGCAGAGCUGCGACUCUACCGUCAGCAGCUGGAUGAGGCCAGCGCUGAUAGCCUCCUAGACGAGCCGGGCCUUCAUCGGAUAAACAUAUACGAGGUGCUUAAGCCCCCGCGGCCCGGGCAGCUUAUCACUCAGCUCCUGGACACCCGGCUCGUGCACCACAACGCUUCGCGCUGGGAGAGCUUUGACGUCAGCCCCGCUGUGCUGCGUUGGACUCGGGAACGGCUCCCUAAUUAUGGACUGGCUGUGGAGGUUCUGCACCUUAAUCAGACUCCACACAACCAGCACCGACACGUCCGCAUCAGCCGUUCCUUACAUCAGGAGCCAGGAGAGGACUGGGACCAGGUACGCCCUCUUCUGGUUACCUUUGGCCACGAUGGAAAGGGUCACUCAUUGACUCGCCGGACGAAACGCAGCCCCAAGCAACGGGGGCGUAAGCGGAACCGCAACUGCCGGCGCCACGCCCUGUACGUGGACUUUAGCGAUGUAGGCUGGAACGACUGGAUAGUGGCGCCUCCCGGCUACGAGGCCUAUUACUGCCACGGAGAGUGCCCUUUUCCUCUGGCAGAUCAUCUGAACUCAACGAACCACGCCAUCGUUCAGACACUGGUGAACUCUGUGAACAACAAAAUUCCCAAGGCCUGCUGCAUACCAACAGAGCUCAGCGCCAUCUCAAUGCUCUACCUAGACGAAUACGACAAGGUGGUCCUAAAAAACUACCAGGAAAUGGUGGUGGAGGGCUGCGGCUGCCGCUGACCCACAAACUGAGAGCCUCUUCAUACUCCGCGGGAGCAGAGAAAUGUAAUCUUCCAGCCGUCUGGAGUUCUCCCAACUUUUAAGCAGAACUUUGUGUUUAAUGAUUGGUUGAUUAUUUGAUGUAGGCGGGGUUAUUACAGAUGUGUCUGUAGGUGAAAACUGACUGAACGGUAUUACCUGAUGGAUUGGUUGACAUCCUGAAAAAGUGCCUUUUAUGGCCGAUUGGUUUCAUAUUCUCUAAAAACGACUUUCCUUCUCUGCUAUGAACUUAGUUUUCACUUUUCCAUGACAUAAUGUUUGAUGUGUGUUGCAGCCCAAUCAAGACUUCCAAAAAGCUGUUUCAAAAUAUUCUGGAUUUUCUUCGUCCACCUUGUAAACCGAAGACAUUUCUCUGUUCCCGUGGAGUAUGAAGACCUUUUUUAAAAAAAAGGAAAAACAAAAAAAAAAACUGGCAUUCGGACUGGCAACAAGUAAAUCAGAACAUUUUUCCACCCAAAAACAUUUACCAUUAUUUAUAACUUCUACAAUCUGUAUGUUUGUCUCACCUUUUUUUUUUCUUCGAUGAUAUUAUCAUAAAUUUUGGCUAAAUAUAUAUAUUUAUAUCUACAUAUUAAAGACAAAUUGAGCCCUUAUUUUAAAACAAAAGCUGUACAACUUUUCAUAAUGUACAUUAGAUUGUUUGUUUUUUGUUUUUUUUAUGGAGAAAAUAGUAAAAACAAAGUAAAGUUUAUUUACUGGUGAUAUUUAUUGCUUUUGUUUUAUACAGAAAAAAUAAAAACAUGAAUUGCUUCAU